UUCUCUUUACGGCCCAGAGAUACCAGCUUUAUCACUUAAGCACCCCUUUUACAUAUAUUUACAAACACACGUACGCAAUCAGCACGAUGACUUGCUCUGGAAACCCCUCCAACUGUGACUUCUGUGGCGAAACUCAAGUUGAUUGUGCCAAGUCUGAGGUUCAUGGGUGCACCACCCAGCCUUCUGAUUGUUCUGUCUGUGAGGGCAAGGGUUGUGUUGCUUUGAAGUGCACUGGUAACACCGACACUUGCCCUUCAUGCAAAGACUCUUUCUCCUCCUGCCGCAAGGCCCAAUUCAGCGCUGCCGAGGGUAUCGAGCCCGCUCGACGACCUGCUCCCGCUGUUUAGAUACCAUUCAACCAGAUUUCAGAUUUCACACCCACAGCAUCUUCACAUCAUCCACUUUCCCAUUGGAAUAGCGUAGCAUAAUUAUAAGGUUGUAUAAAUAUGGAUAUCCAUUACCUUGUGUUCUAGAAACAGCUUUUUUGUUUUGUUUUCCGUAUUCCUUCACUAA